AUGGCAGGCAUGAAAACAUUAAUCAUUAUUUUCGUUAUCAUGUUCCCAGUCGCGAUGAUAACAGAGGAAGAUGUAAAUCAUGGAGGUAACAACUAACAACUACGACAUCACUAACAAAUUUAAUUGCGCACCUGCGAAUUGUCUCCAUUAUAUUUCAGCGUCCUGUCUACUCUGCUUCAUGUACAGAAAGCCGCUUAAAAUUUUAAUUUUUACACUUUACCUAAAACAUCAUUUCCAUAAAAUUUGCAUGAGAAUUGUUUUCGAUUUUUCCUGUAAGUAUAAGCAGUCAUCAUAAGAGAAAUUGAAGACAAUUUACUGAUGCAAAAUUUUGGGGGGAUAAACAAGAUGUUUUACGGGCGAUGUAAAAAUGGUGAAUAUGUUAACAACUUCUAAUAAAACAAAUAUAAUAAUAUUAUAUUUGCCCUAUUAUUUUUUAAUUUUACACUUAAAAAAUGGGCGAUCAACAUUUGGCAAGAUUUCUUUCGUUCAGUGUCCGUUCAUGAAUUGCUUUGCGCUAUUUUUUUCUUCUCUAAUGGAUUUGAAAUAAAUUUGCUAUGCAGUCAGCUCUCCCUUAACAACACCUCUUUGGACGAACAACCCUCUGGUGUUGGCCCCUGUCAUUGCCCAGUCAUUUGACUUUAACUGUGCUCUAAUAAUGAUAUUAUUAUUAUUUUAUUAUUAUUAUUAUUAUUAUUAUUAUUAUUAUCGUCAUUGUUAUUAUCAUUAUCAUUAUCGUUAUCGUUAAAAUUAUUAAAUAUUCUUAUUGAUAUUAUUUUAUCGUCAUUUUCUAUUAUUUAUUACUAUUAAAUAAUAAUUUAUUACAAUUAUAAUAACUGUUAUAUUUAUUAUUGUUUUGCAAAGUUGAUAAAAUGCAGUUAGCUAACAGAUUGAAAUUUUUUGUUCAUAUGUGUUGCUGCUUUCCAGUUUGUCCCGUUCCGAUGAAUAAAGAAGAAGAGGAGUUAAUUAAAGAGCGGGAAAGGAACAGAGAGCUGAUGGAAGAAAUCGCCAGAGAAAUUGAAAUGACGUGCUUAGGUAAGUUAAAAAAUGAAAAUAAAUAACAAUAUUAAAAACCUUGGAUGAGAAAGUCCUUCCGCGCGAAUUGCACGCCCUUUUGAAUAGUUUAACCCUUUGGGACAAUUGGGAGUGUUAAUGGAACAAUGCAGAGUUUGCAUUUCUAAAGCCACUUACCCUUUUAGUUUAACCCAUUUAGUUGUUAAGCAGCAAAUCCAGGAAGUUAUACAUACACUAUCUAUAGGCAUUUUGACUCCUGAGGGAAAUAACCCACCCAGCCCAGAAAAGGUUGGCCACACCACCGACCGGGGUUUACGUUCAAUACUUUUUCCAUUGUAGUGGUGUGGGUUCUUUUAGGUCGCACAAAUACCAGAUAAGUCCUGUCGGACCUACGGUUUUUAUUCCUUAUCCGAGAAGACUACAAAGUCUAACCGUUUUCAGAUGUCGUUACGAAGGCAGCACUUUCUUCUCAGUUAUUUAAAGAACCUGAGUGUUGGCCCGGCCGGGGUUUGAACCCGCAACCUCCCGGUCAGCAGACCGGCACUCUCCCGACUGAGCUAACCAGACGGCGGAGGUUAAAAAAACUUGGAAGACUACUACCUUAUUAUGGAAAUCCUGACUAAUCUACUGAGAGAUUUAGACAAAAAUUUUGGGCAAAAAUCCACUGCCAAUUUCGCUAUUCGCCACUACUCUUACCAGUUUGAAUUCCCCCUAUUCUGGAAAAGUAAAUAGCCCCAAUUCCGUGAGGUAAAAGGCUAUAAGUUGAACUAGAUAUCUAUAGAAUAAAAGAGCAAACGAGAAACUCCUGAAAACGUUUAUGCUAGUUUUUUUUCCUAAAAACGCACAAACUUUUACGACUUGGAACUUAAUGGAACCAAUUUAGAUAAACGAUUUCUAGUCCAUGAGCCAUUUUGUGAGAAGUGGGUAAAUUCGAAGCCUUUCUCUCAAGUUAUUAACCUCUUUCAAUUCGAUCAAGCUUUUUCAGUUCAUGGUGACAAUUGAAACUUAGGGUGCGUUUGAUUGCGUGGGAAAUCCGGAUUUGAGUUUAAAGUCCGGGUUUUAGAUUUGGCAAUCGAACGCAAAAUGCAAAACGGACUUCACCCUCACCCCCUGAGAAAUCCUUCCUCAAAUCAUGACUUAUGGAUUCCUUUAUACCGUUCUAGUUGAAAAAACUGUUCUCGUGAACAGUGUUUUUUUUUUCUGCUUGUUAUGCGUGCGCAUGCGAGACAAAUGUUCUCUCAAAAAUAGUGCAAAUCUUUUCUCGUAUCCCCGAAAUACUGAUAACCAAAGGCCAAAUUUCACCUGUAUAGCAACCACAUAGACCAGCCAUGCGACAACAGGCCUUUAAAUGCAAUAUUUUUUUGUUUGGAGUAUUGAUACCAACGUUUUCUCAAUGAAUUUUUAUCAAGAGAUCAUGAUAUCAGUUGUUUCUGCUUACAGGAGAAACGUUUAAGUCAAGGAAAUUCUUGUAACUAACUUUUACUUGCUGAUUUGUAGACGAGUGUAAAACAGGACUACAUAACUGCCACAAUGAUGCAUACUGCACCAACACCAAGCGUUCCUUCACGUGUACUUGCAAAGCAGGAUAUACUGGGGAUGGCGUUAACUGUGCAGGUAACAUAAUAUGGAGCUGAAACGAACAGGAAUUUAUUUUAAGUCAUAUGCUAUUCCGUGCCAAAAAUAAUACAGCCAAAUGGAAAGGUAGAAACCUGUUUUCAUAUUCAGUCAGUGGUAUGUCACAGGUUGAAUCUACGAAAAGAGUGUUGCCCUUGGUACGUGUAAAGUUGUGGCCUCCAAUUUUCCCACAGAAACUAAUAGCUACAAUGUUCGUAUGUUAAUACCGCAAAGCAACAUUUGUAUUCUUGCUUUAGCAAAAAGUAAUAAUAAUAACUGCUACAACUUAACUGGUCGAGCUCGAACUGUAUCCCCAAUAAAGCACACAGGCUUGGUGCCAGUUAGGCUGGGGAAACAAAAAGUGUGACCAACAUAUGUCUGGGACAGAAAACACCGAGCUCAAAGGCUUAGAAAAAGAAAAAACAUGGGAUCAUCUUUGAUAUGACGAGAUCAUCUUCACUAAUAUACCUAACAAAGCACGAAGGCAAAUAGGCAGCUAGGCUGUUAGAAACGGUUAGGGCGCAACAUUUAAGGUAAACAGGUUUUUAUUACGAUUGUGGCUGGGGGUUUGUAGCAUUGCCAAUUUGACUGCGUCAAUCACUGACUUACGUCGCCACGUAAGAGGGGUCCCGGUACAGCUGUUCUGAGCGUACAUUGAGACUAAAUACACAAGAUAAGGAACCGGUGAAAAACGGCGCUAACCGUACAAAUGAAAUAAGAAGUGAUAAAAUUCAGAAAAAUGGCAGAGCUGAGCUGCCAACAGAAAAAAUUGCGGUCAGACAGAGGCCAGAAAAGAAAACCUGCCCAAAAAUCCACGAAGGGAAAAAAUGCGGGCGGGAAAUCUGGGUAGCAACCAAGCCUCAAGCUCAAAGACGUUUCUACGGGACUUUACAAGUUAAUCGAAAUAGGCCGCUCCUAAAAUAAACAAAAAAAUUAAGAAAACCAAAGAAAGAUUGUUUCAGAAGCCGAAAUGACGUACACGCGAUAUUUAUACGUAGCCUUUUAUAUUGCCGGUAUGGACAAGACAAGACAAGACAACACUAGACAAGAACUUUAUUUAUGCCACUCAGAAGAAAAGACACUAACAAAAGGCAAUGCUACUUAUGUAAGGUACAAGCGUCCUAUAGCUAAAAAGCUAAUCUAGCUAGGAAGCAUUAUAGAUUGAUUAAGAAUAUUCUGAAGGUGACUCGACCCAGUUUUUUGGGGGGGUACCAUCCUACUUUGAAGCUCUCUGGUAUCCCCACCUUUACUUUUAUCGUACGUCUAACACAUAGAAUGGAUAACAUAUAGAUCAAUCUACAACAUAACAUAAAAUUUUUGGCGAUCGGAGUAAAUGUCACGUGGUUAUAAUGCCACGCCCCUUUGAGGUCUGAGUCGAAAAUCUGCUGUUGCCGGCAUUUUUUCGUGAAAAUCUCUCGUCUACACAUAGUGCGCAUUAGUGCCUUGCGCUGAACAGAGUUUCACCAAAAUCGCAAAGACCCAAUUCGAGAAAUUCAGCGGUUUCCAAAUUUAGGUCAUAAUUUAUGCGAAAAUGAUAACCAAACUUUACACGGAUUAUAUCUAAUAAACUAUGAGAUUCAUCUCUGUAUUUUGGGCAUCCUUAUAACAGAUGGGUCCUUGCAAGUCAGCAAAACGCUUUAGGGCCUUGUAAAUGUGCGCGAUCUCGACCAAAGCAAACAUAUAGAAAUUAUAGUUUUCGCUAUUUGUUGACGUUUGUCAGCGUUUAAGAGUCAAUCUCACGAAAAAAGCAUUUUCUUAAAAAUUCGUAGUUUUUUUUCCUUCAAUUUUUUUCAGGGCCACAAUUGAUUAACUAACUACCCGGACUCUGAAUUUCAUGGUCAUUGAAAAACUGUGACAUUACCUUCUAUAAGCCCAAACUUGAGUAAACAUUGAAGAUUUUUAGCGUUUUGGCUGAGUUUGUGCUUUGGGAGUUGUCUAUUCUUUCUAGUCUGUCAUUAUACAGCAUUCCUGUUCAGCAAGCGUGCAAUGACCACGCUUGGCUGACUUCCGAAUGCUCACCGAGAUAUGAUAAUUUAGUAUAAGAAUAUAGAAGGGAUUCCCGUCACGAGUUGGUUUGAUUAUUGGCUUGCAUUAAACCUAUGAAAAAAUGAUAUUUUUUUAAUAGUAAGUAAAUUUAGUGUGUAGCACUUCCUGAUUUUUUUGCAAUGGCACAAGAAGCACGAGAAUUGAUUAAAAAUUGUGAGUUAAACCUCUAUGUAUGACGCGAUGGUCUGUCUCACUGUACCAAAAUUAUCAUAUCUCGGUGAGCAUUCGGAAGUCAGCCAAGCGCGGUCAUUGCACUCGUGCUGAACAAGAAUGCUGUAUCAUGACAGACUAGAAACAAUAGACAACUUCCAAAGCACAAACUCAGCCAAAACGCUAAAAAUCUUCAAUGUUUACUCAAGUUUGGGCUUAUAGAAGGUAAUGUCACAGUUUUUCAAUGACCAUGAAAUUCAGAGUCCGGGUAGUUAGUUAAUCAAUUGUGGCCCUGAAAAAAAUUGAAGGAAAAAAAACUACGAAUUUUUAAGAAAAUGCUUUUUUCGUGAGAUUGACUCUUAAACGCUGACAAACGUCAACAAAUAGCGAAAACUAUAAUUUCUAUAUGUCUGCUUUGGUCGAGAUCGCGCACAUUUACAAGGCCCUAAAGCGUUUUGCUGACUUGCAGGGACUCAUCUGUUAUAAGGAUGCCCAAAAUACAGAGAUGAAUCUCAUAGUUUAUUAGAUAUAAUCCGUGUAAAGUUUGGUUAUCAUUUUCGCAUAAAUUAUAACCUAAAUUUGGAAACCGCUGAAUUUCUCGAAUUGGGUCUUUGCGAUUUUGGUGAAACUCUGUUCAGCGCAAGGCACUAAUGCGCACUAUGUGUAGCCGAGAGAUUUUCACGGAAAAAUGCGGGCAAAAGCAGAUUUUCGACUCAGACCUCAAAGGGGCGUGGCAUUAUAACCACGUGACAUUUACUCCGAUCGCCAAAAACUUUAUGUUAUAUUGUAGAUUGAUCUAUAUGUUAUCCAUUCUAUGUGUUAGACGUACGAUAAAAGUAAAGGUGGGGAUACCAGAGAGCUUCAAAGUAGGAUGGUACCCCCCAAAAAAACUGGGUCGAGUCACCUUAAAGAGGUUUUUUUCAUGGAGGCACAAGUAAAAAAAAUGUACAAAAAAAUAAUAAUAAGCAAAGAAACAAAGAAAAGAAAAGAAAAAAACGCAUAUGUACAGAAUUUAAUCACUGAAAACUUGAAGAACUGGAGAAAAUAUUCGAAAAGAAAGAACUUAAUGCGAACUCGUGCCCCUGGCUUAACACCCGGCCAGGUUCUGUGCCAUUUCGUGCCGUCAAAAUAGUUAUUUCUUAUUCUUAGCGGGAUCAUUCAUCAUAAAUAACAUAACUUGCAACAUGUAAAACUUUGAAUAAUAAUUUGUCACUGAUUUUAUCCUCCAUUUUACCGUUUUUAUAAGUGCCAUCAAUUGAAUUAGUGUUCCUUGCAAUUUCCUUAUUUUAAAAACUGAUUUGUUCAUUCGUGGACUACCAGUCUCGAAAGAAUUGCAUUGCUAUCUCUCAUUCAAUAGAUAUGAAACUGAAAUAGAACUGAUUCAGUUGGAUAAUUCAGCAUUAACUCUUGAUUUCCAGACAAAGAUGAGUGUAGCACAGGAAAACACAGCUGUGACGUCAGUAGUUCAGUGUGCUAUAACACUAUAGGAUCCUUCAGAUGUGUUUGCAGGGAUGGUUAUUUUGAAAAUGGAGAAAAUACAUGUACAGGUAACACUUCAAAUCCCUUAAUGGAAACACCCAGAUAUUUCGUCGCCACGUCUCUUUCAAAUCAAUUGCCUCUCUUCCAAAGUGGUUUUUCACUAAAUUCGCCUUCAUUUAAGUCUCGUUAAUUUCCAUAAUACCUUUUACUAAUACUGAUCGCAGAGCAUUAAGUUCCUUUAGUAAGUCAGGUAUAUUGUAAUUCUAAUAGGCCAUUUUCGAGUUGACUCGAGUUUCUGUCUUAAAACGAGGCGAAGUGCGAAGCCUUUUGACAUGAAAAUUAAUUUCAAAGGAGAAAGGUUUGAGGAUUGACCUCGUUUUGAAAUGAGAAUUGAUCGCAUGAAAUGGCUAUUAUGGUAGGCCACAAUAACUGCUGUGAAAGAAAAAGGAAAUCAGUUUUAAUCAUUCAGUGCCUGACUUCUUUUUUGCAGAUAUAAAUGAAUGUGAAGCAGGAAAGCACAACUGUCAUGCAAACGCUAAUUGCAAUAACACUAAAGGAUCCUUUGUGUGCAUCUGCAAGCCAGGGUAUUCUGGAGAUGGAGUUAACUGCACAGGUGAAAACAAUACCUCGGUCUUCUUUAUAAUGAAUCUUUUUUUAAUCAACUCCAUUUAUCUCGCUUUAGAGCCAAGUUUAGCCACAAGGUAGUAUGCAGCUUAGUCCCUGGUAGUGCAGUUUGUUCUUUUAAGCUGAAUAAGUUUGGAAAUGCUUUUGCAUUAUAAAAGUUUGUGAUUUGCAGUAUCUGGAUGCAAUUUUAGCCUUAUACAUCCUUGAGAUAUUUAAGUUUUUUUUUAUGUAUUAUUAUAUUGUGCACAUGCAAGAUUGUCAUGUCCCAACACGAAGUCACGCUGGGUGAGCUUACUACAUUUUUAUAUAAGACCAAUGCAUGUACGCAAUUCCGUCUUUAGAGUAUCAGCGGAAACGUGUCCUUUUUAUCCCUCCUUCUGUUAGCAAUUUUUCUUUAGAAAGGAAGUCAUUCUGUAUUCUCUAAUAUCUUGCUUCCCUAGGUCUCGCGAAUCCUCUAUCUAUACACUUGAUGUCAUUUCUGAAUUUCUCGCCUGCUCAAUAUAUAGCAAAAAUGUUUUUGCUUUUCAGUAUAGCCAGAAAUAUCUCUCUCCCUCUCUCUUCUGAUCGUACCCAAUCCUAGAAAAUAAAAGGUUAAGUAAAUCAGUUUUGUUGAUUUAGUCCUGCAUCUGAUUUGCAGAGGUAAACGAGUGUAUAACAGGAGAGCACAACUGUGAUGCCAAUGCAGACUGCAAUGACACUGAAGGAUCUUUCGAGUGCACUUGCAAGCCAGGGUAUUCGGGGAACGGAGUUAACUGCACAGGUGAUUAUAUUUCAGUAAAGACCUGGAUCGUCUUAAUGUUAAGGCUAUUAAUUCAGUAUUAUAUUGUCUCGAGUUCACGCGUUUGAGUCCAUGAGUAGAAUUCAAAAGAGACAUUUCCAAAUGUACAAAUAAGAGUUUGAAGUCUAACCUUUGAUCUACAAAGUGAUCGUUGUCAUAAUUAUUUAGCGAUUACUAAAUGAGGCUGAGUAGGCUGCAUGUGAAGAAUUAUUUAGAGCGAAGAGGAUGUUAUCCUCAAUCUUGCGGUGACUUAAUCCAGCUUGAUCGAAGUUUAGUACAUCUGAUCAAUCCACUGAAGGCGUUACUUCUCCCAGUAAAGAUAGAUCAUAGAUAAGAAAAUAAUCAAAUCGCAGCCGGCUGAAGGCUGAAUUGUUUAAUUAUUUACAAUACAAUGAAAAAGUAUAAAAUAAUGGUAAAAGACUAAUUUCAAUUUUGUCAAUUAGGAAUAAUGAUAAUGAAGAACUGAAAAAGAAAGGAAAAAUAACGUAAAAAUACUUAAUCUUACUUUAUAAUAACAUGUUGGGGCGACCACACAUGGCUGGUUUGAACGAACUUUUGCAGCGGUUUGUUCGAAAGUGGGGCAAGUCGUAAACACUCUCAUAACUGGUAUUGUAGUAGCUUUGGUGGUUCGGAGAAAGCAACAAGCAAGCGAAUUUGAGCUUAUUCGAGGAUAUACUAUUAAACAGCUAAAUACACUGAUCGUUACGCCUAUCAUAUAUAGUGCUGAGACCAAAACUGACUAAACAGUGUUUGUAUGAUUUAUCAGGCGCUAUUAUGGAGAGCGCUCUUUUUUGUACAGGCUCAGUUAGACAGUCGGGUAGGCUAUGGUGGGAAAUGGGCGAGCAAUAUUCUAGAACGGGUCUCAUUGCUGUACAUUGGAAGUCAACAAAUAUCUUUAAAGCUCAAGUUGAACCAAAAAAAAUACAAACGCUUAUUUGCUUUCCUAAUAGUUUCAUUUAGUAUUGACCAAAUCAGUGGAUAGCAAUUUUCGCGCGUUCUGAUUGGCGAUUGGUGAUUUUUAUCCAACUGAUUUGGUAAGCACUAAAACAACUAUCCCCUCAUGGUCGGUUCAUAGCGCUCGGUAUAUUCCACCUGACUAUUCUGAUCACCCCUUCGGGGAUAGUUGUAUAUUAUAUAAACGUUCCACUUGAGAUCGUUAAUAAUAAUAAUAAUAAUAAUAAUAAUAAUAAUAAUAUGGACAGUACUUUCCUUAGUAUCUUUGCUGUCCCCAACAAUGCUGUUUGCUGGAUUACGUUCACGCCGACUCGCUUCAACUUUAAGGAGUACAUGAAGAGAAUCGGCGUGAACGUGAAGUUGGAAGUUAUCCAGAAAACGGAAUUGCUGGGGACAGCAAAGACACUAAGGAAAGUACUGUCCCUGUAACAAGAAGGAAAAGAGAGCCCUGGGACCCGUGGUGACUAAUAUGGAGAGAUUUACAAAUCUCACACAUCUGUAAUUUCUGCUCAUUUCGUUGAUCAAGUUCAGAUAUUUUUCUUUCUUACGCGCUGCAUUGUUGUUAAAGUUAGACUCGAAACCAACUGUUAAUUCUAGAACAUAUAGGCACUUGGACUGGAUAAGGAAAAGAAGAUCUGGACGAUAAUUAUCACCAGUAUUAUUGAGGGAUUCAGAAAACCAUUAACAUCUGCAUAGCGUGAAGAGUGAACAUUAAUUACAGGUUGAAGUGACUUGGCAAUGAAGUUAAGGAUUGAGUCGUGUCUCCAGGUAAAGCGAUCAAGGUACUGUUGACAACCAGCGACAACAUGAAGGAGUGAUUCAGGAUUAAGGCAAAAGGAGCAAUCAGGACUUUGUGAGAAUCCCCAUCUUGCCAUAUUCUUACGUGUAGGGAGGGAGUUGUUGAUGAAGUGGAUGGUAAAAUUGUAAAUGUUCUUGGGUAGAUGAGAAUGGGCCUCUGACCAAAUAGAAUUUACAGAUGCAAUGAGUACUUGAUAACAUUUGAGAAGAAGAAACCUUGAGAUGUUAGGUGGUGUUGCAGUUUAUCCUCUUGAUUAAGAACUUCCUUAGUGGAUUUGUACACAUCACAUUGAAUAUUAGUGCGACAGCUUGGCGAUUUCCAGAGAUCUUUUAAGGAAUCAUUUGGUGACUCUUUUAAUGAAUCUCGGAAAACUGUUUGGCACUGAGUAAAUUUAACAGAGGGAGGACAAAUAUUAAGACCAAAUUUAUUGCGUUCUAGGAAAACAUUGCUCAGUGUUCCAGAUAUCGGAAUAUCAAGCCAUUUUUGAAUAUAGCCAUUCACUACAGAGUCGAGAUGUUCCGUUAUCCUGGUUUUGGAUAUAUUAG